AUGUCAGGCUACGGCGGCGUCUCGAUCGGUCGGACUCGGGGUGAUAACCGGUUCUACAACCCGCCAGCGAUACGACAACGACAGCAGCAGCAGCGACAAAAGCUAGAGCAGGAGAAGCAUCAAAGGCAGUCUGUGGAGUCCGACGACUGUGCAACGUCGCACAGUUCCGGGUCGGGUCGGGCAGUGCUCACCGAUGCCACGAAUUUGGAUCGGUUCUUGGAGUACACCACGCCCGUGGUUCAGGCUCAGUAUAUCCCCAAGACAAGCGUGAGGAGAUGGAGGACUCAUGAGCCAGAGUUACAUCCCUACUUUGUUCUUGGAGAUUUAUGGGAGUCUUUCAAGGAGUGGAGUGCGUACGGGGCAGGUGUUCCGCUUUUGUUAAAUGGGAGUGACUCUGUUAUCCAGUACUAUGUUCCUUAUUUGUCUGCUAUUCAGCUCUAUGUAGACCCAUCAAAGCCCUCCACAAGAAUAAGGAGGCCUGGUGAUGAGAGUGAUGCAGAGUCAUCUAGGGAGACAAGUAGCGAUGGAAGCAGUGAUUAUGGAACAGAAAGAGGAUUAAAUGGUGCUCCUUAUAGUGCUUUAAGUUGGCAGAAUGUUGCAGAUGUAAAUGGCCAUGGUUGUAAUAGAGCCUUACCAAGGAAUAAACCCUUCAAUGGUUCCUCAAGUGACGAAAGUGGUGAGGUUUGCAACCCUCCUGGUCAGCUUAUAUUUCAAUAUAUGGAGCAUGAUCAACCAUUUGGUCGUGAACCUUUGGCUGAUAAGAUUUCAGUUCUUGAAUCUCAAUUUCCAGAGCUGAGAACAUACAGGAGCUGUGAUUUAUCACCUUCUAGUUGGGUUUCUGUAGCAUGGUAUCCGAUAUAUAGGAUACCUACAGGUCCAACAUUACAGAGCCUGGAUGCCUGCUUCUUAACCUUUCAUUCCCUGUCGACUCCCAUAAAGGGUACAAGCACUGAUAGGCUUCGGUUUAGUGGUGCACAAGCUAGAGAGGUACAAAAUGCAACCUUCAAGCACUCGUUGGCAAUCUUUGGGCUUGCUUCCUACAAGUUCAAGGUUUCCUUUUGGAAUCUCAACGGAGUUCACGAGUGUCAAAAGGCUAAUUCUCUAUUGAGAGCAGCUGACAACUGGCUCAGGCUACUGCAAGUUAAUCAUCCGGAUUUCAAUUUCUUUGUGUCACACAGCACACCCAGGAGGUGA